AUGUCGAUUAUCAUCACCGGCGCAAACGGUUACGUCGGCCAGGAAUUGGCUGCCGCCCUCUUAUCGAGUUCCCCAGAUAUUACAGUAACGCUCACAGACAUCGUUACGCCACCCGUCCCCACUACUGCCACUCAACAUAUGUCGCGAGUAAAAUGCAUUCAAGCCGACCUGACCUCGCCCAAGGUGGUCGACGAGACAUUCACCGAGUCUCACGGUUUCGACACAGUCUACCUUCUACACGGAAUUAUGUCCAGCGGCUCCGAGGCCAACUUCGAACUGGGCAUGCGGGUCAAUCUCGAUGCCACCCGGUAUAUCCUGGACCGACUCCGGGCCGUCAUGCCCGGGGUGAAAGUAGUGUUUACGUCGAGUUUGGCAGUAUAUGGCCUCGCACCUGCUGGGUUCGUCAUCGACGAAACCAACUUUCCUCCCGUACCGUCGUCCUCAUACGGAUCGCAGAAGCUCAUCAUCGAGACAUUGCUGAAUGAUUACUCCAGGAGGGGGUUCUUGGAUGGCCGGGCUGUGCGUCUUCCCACGGUCACGGUUCGAGCGGGUUUGCCUACGCAGGCGGCAAGUAGCUUCGCUAGUGAUAUUAUUCGGGAGCCGUUUAAUGGGAAAAAGGCGAUUCUUCCUGUGGCUAAGGAGACGGAGAUGUGGAUCUGUUCGCCUUACACUGUGGUUAAGAAUCUUUUGCAUGCAAAGGAUAUUCCGAAGGAGGCUUUUGGGGAGUCGAGGUCUGUCAAUUUGCCCGGGUUGAAGGUUAGUAUCCAGGAAAUGCUGGACGCGCUGGAGGAGAUUGGCGGCAAGGAAAGGAGGGCAUUGGUGGAGGAGAAGUAUGAUGCUGAUAUUGAUAAGAUUGUCCAAACGUGGACACCUAAUUUUAACCCGGCUCGUGCGAUCAAAUUGGGCUUUUUGGAGGAUAUUUCUAUGGUUGAGAACAUCAGGCAAUAUGCAAGCCCCUUUAACCUUAACCAGGCUCUCCGGAGUCGGGCUGCCCUGAAGUCCAUCCAGCCCGUCAAGCGAGGCUUCGCUUCCCCGGUUACGUUGCCAUCCACCACUCAGUCGACCACCCUCUCUAACGGAUUCACGAUCGCUACCGAGUACUCCCCAUGGGCCCAGACCUCCACUGUUGGAGUGUGGAUCGAUGCCGGCAGCAGGGCAGAGACUGACAAGACCAACGGAACCGCGCACUUCCUUGAGCACCUUGCCUUCAAGGGCACCAACAAGCGUACCCAGCACCAAUUGGAGCUUGAGAUCGAGAACAUGGGCGCUCACCUGAACGCCUACACAUCGAGAGAAAACACCGUUUACUACGCCAAGUCCUUCAACAACGAUGUUCCCAAGGCCGUCGAUAUCCUCGCCGACAUCCUUCAGAACUCCAAGCUGGAGCCUGGUGCUAUUGAGCGGGAGAGGGAUGUGAUCCUCCGUGAGCAGGAGGAGGUUGACAAGCAGCUUGAGGAGGUUGUCUUCGACCACCUUCACGCUACCGCUUACCAGAACCAGCCUCUCGGUCGCACAAUCCUUGGCCCCAAGGAGAACAUCCAGACCAUCUCCCGUGACAACCUGGUUGACUAUAUCAAGACCAACUACACUGCUGACCGCAUGGUCCUUGUUGGUGCCGGUGGUAUCCCUCACGAGCAGCUCGUCCGCCUCGCCGAGGAGCACUUCGGCGGCCUCCCCAGCAAGCCCCCUACCUCUGCUGCUCUCGCCAUCACCGCCGAGCAGAAGCGCACCCCCGAGUUCAUUGGAUCUGAAGUGAGACUCCGUGAUGACACCAUCCCUACUGCUCACAUUGCCCUUGCCGUUGAGGGUGUCAGCUGGAAGGACGAUGAUUACUUCACCGGUCUUGUCACCCAGGCCAUCGUUGGCAACUGGGACCGUGCCAUGGGCAACUCCCCCUACCUCGGUAGCAAGCUUAGCUCCCACGUUGAGAAGCACGGCCUUGCCAACAGCUUCAUGAGCUUCUCCACCAGCUACAGCGACACUGGUCUCUGGGGUAUCUACAUGGUCUCUGAGAACCUUACCCAGCUCGACGACCUUACCCACUUCGCCAUGCGUGAGUGGUCUCGUCUGUGCUUCAACGUCACCCCCGCCGAGGUUGAGCGUGCCAAGUCUCAGCUCAAGGCUUCCAUUCUCCUCUCCCUUGAUGGCACCACAGCCGUCGCCGAAGAUAUUGGUCGCCAGAUCAUCACCACUGGCCGCCGCCUCACUCCCGAGGAUAUCGAGCGCACAAUCGGCCAGAUCACCGAGAAGGAUGUCAUGGACUUCGCCAUGCGCCGGAUCUGGGAUCAGGACGUCGCUGUCAGUGCUGUCGGUAGCGUUGAGGGUCUCCUCGAUUACAACCGCAUCCGCGCGGACACUAGCCGCAACACCCUGUAA